AUGGACGGUGGCAACGGCCCCAAGCGGGCGCGUAGUGAGCCGACCGAGCGCAGCCCCAGCACCGCGACGCCGCCGGCCUCCACCGCUGAGCCGCCGCUACUCGACCCAUCGCUGGAGAAUCUGCUCAGAGAACUCGACCUCGACGAUGAUUUUAAGGCGUCGCUGCGCAGCAUGUCGCCCAGGUCCCGCAUGGAGGUGAUAAACGACAUCGUUCGCGGGCAGCAGGUGGAGGGCUUUCAGCGCUUCUUCCUGUCGUUGCGCUCGCAGGCGGUGCCGGCCUCGCAGCCGGCAAGGCCCUCCGUCGGUGGUGUAGACUUGCGGGCCUUCCCCCGCGUUGCCGCGGGGGACGACGACGACGACGACAAUGACGAUGACGAAGAGGUGGUGGAGGCGCUGCCGCGUCUCAGCUCUGAUCUCCUCUUGCGGCUCCUGCGUAAUCCUCAGCUGCCGCGUGAGCCCCUGCUACAAGGACUGUUGGUGCGCGGGUAUGAAGUCUUCGAGCUCGCCAAUGUACUUGGCGAGGUGAUGGCACAGCGCUCGCUCGGCAUGACGCAGGACAUUGAUGACAUGUCGUAUGAGCAGCUGCUGGAGCUGCAGGAGCGUAUCGGCUACGUCAGCAAGGGCAUCACCCAGGAGCAGAUCCGGCAGUGCAUGACCGAUGUGCCGAAUCCGAAGGAGGGCAGCUGCGUGGUGUGCCAGGGUGACUUGCAGGAGCGACAGGAAGAGGGCGACAAGGCCGUCGAGCUCAAGAAGUGCCACCACCGCUUCCACUUCAAGUGCAUCGAGCAGUGGUUCGGGUCCAACAAGACGUGCCCAGUCUGCAAGCAAGAGGUCGUCUGA